UAAGGGUGUUUUAGGACUGUUUGGGUGUUUAUCGGACUUAACAUAACUAACUUAACAUAGUUUAACAACUAAAGUUUGCUUGCUUAAUAGUCAUUAAAAUAACUAUGUUUAAAAGGACACUGAGUCAGAACAAUGGAGGCUCACUCCUACUGACAGUUGUUGCAGCAUUUGAUUCAUUAAUCAUAUAGUAUGGUAUUUUACUCAACAACUGUUUUGACUGUUUUGACUGUUUUAUUGAUGUUCUUAACUGUUUUUAAUCUUGUUUUCUUUUGCAAUAUGUUUUGAUGCUUUUAAUGGUUUUAUGUGAAGCACUUUGAAUUGCCUUGUUGUUGAAAUGUGCUAUACAAAUGAACUUGCCUUGAUAGUAUACGUAAACUUUUUUCUUGGUGAUCCAGGCAAGAACAUCCACACCCUGUUUAGGUGUGACUACACUAGACUUUUAGAAUUGUGAAUAUGAAAAACUAUAUUGCUUGCUAUUGUAACGGGUGUGAAUCCGUGAAACUCACUCCUCAAGUAUAUAGCAGGCCACCCGCGUCAAUGAAGAGCUAGCUUUUCGUUUGGCCUGGUUGGUUGUGGUCGCGCUUGGCAAGUCAGAGGUGGCAUGUUUGAGCCCAGCGAGUGGUGAACAUCGGUCCGUAGACCUUGGUGACGGAGCGUGGCCACGUCUGUUACAUACCUGUCACACUAUCAUUGUUUUAUUGUUAGAACCUUUUUACCGUGUCCCAAAAUAAUUAUCCAGGAUUUUUACAUCUCUCCAUUUACUGGUCCCUUUUACAGGUUUCUGUUCCCAUCGAAACCUUGACAUCAAGAUGGAGAAGUGCUAUUGCAACUCAAAGUUAAAUGUUUUUUGUAAUUCAAACAAAUGUGCAGAAGUUGGUGGACACCAUAUAACCUCGGCUGUGCCAACAAACCAAACGCUCCGGACCUGUGCUUUUGCUGUUACGGGCUGUUGUAGGGCUUGGGAACAUCACCAUCCAUCUAUACACACAAACAAAACAGUAUGCAUGGGUCCAUGCGCUCACAGAGAUCCCCCGAUACCAGGACAGUCUGCUCCCCCUCCACAGCAACUGAAACAGACUGAAGCACAAAGGAGAGUGACGAGUCAUGAUAAUAUGCCUCGCCUUCAUGGCAUUCUGAGAUCCAGUUACUCAAUCAACAUUCCACAGUACUCCACUCCCCCUGUAGAGGGCGUGUUUCAGGUCAGCGUCAAGAACCUGGUGGCACAGGAAGAGUCUAGCCCUUCAGGGGGGGCUGCAGGGGGCAUGUCUGAUCCGCUGGAAAAGAGGAGGACAAUCAGUCUGCCUGACGAAUGUCGAAACAUUUUUGUGACAUAUUCUGAGGAUGCAUCGGCAGAAAUGGUUCCUUUUGUAGAAUACCUAACCAAGCAAGGCUUCCGAUCAGCGAUUGACAUAUUUGAUAACCCCAUCAGACGUAUGGACAUCAACAAGUGGAUGGACAUUUACCUAAAAGAUCAAUCAGUGAUUAUUAUCAUUGCCAUUAGUCCCAAGUACAAGGCCGAUACUGAGGGCUCUGGUGUGGACAGACAUGGACUACACACCAAGUACAUUUACUCUAUGAUGCAGAAUGAGUUUAUUCAACAAGGAAGCCUGAAUUACAGAUUUGUCCCUGUCCUCUUCCUCAAUGCAACUCUGCAUGUCCCAGGCUGGCUUCAGAACACGCAUGUGUACCGCUGGCCCCAGGACACAGAGGACCUCCUGCUGCGCCUGCUACGAGAGGAGCGCUACGUCGCCCCUCCGGUCCCCAUGGAACUCACCCUCAUCAUCAGGCCUGUGGUCUCUGGCAGCCACGUCACCCUCUAAACAUCUGGAGCUCAAACCAACACGUGUGAACACGUGUGUGUGUUUGAAUGGCUAUAAAUCAUACAGAUGUCAUUGGAGAGUAUUGUGACAUGCUUGAUUGAUUCUGUCUGCUAGAAUCAAUCACCCAUGUGGUAAGAAAGGGCACUGAGCAUCUGUUACAUUCACAGGUUAAUGCUUCCAUUUACUUACCUGCUAUUUGAAUCGUUCUGAAAUAAAAAUUUUCUACUUUUUCCA